GCGGUUGCUGCUGGUUUAAGGGAGUGCUGCGCCGGCAGGGGGGAAGUAGGAAGUCGUGUCCUCGGUGCGGGAGGUGCUUCUUUCCUCCCUGGGGCAGUGAGGAGCUGAGGCUGCAUGAAACGGCGAACCGUGAAGACUCCUGAAGGACCGCCCGGGUUGCAGCUUCUAGGGACAAAACCGGUGGAAGGUGGUGAUAAGUAAACAAUAAAAUUGCUAAUGUGACAAAAAGACAAAGAAAGUCAUGGCUGAUGAACUUGACCAAUCACCCAAGAGUUGGACAGAGUCUCAAGUAAGCACGUGGCUUCGAUCUAUUGGAGUGAAAGACCAGUACAUAGACAAGCUCUAUGAGUACGAGGUAGAUGGAAAAGUCCUUCUUGCACUGAAUGAGGACUUUCUGAAGAGAGAUAUUUGCAUGAAACCAGGGCCUGCUCAUUUGAUCAUUCAAAAGCGAGAUGAGCUCAUCAACACCAAGCAAAAAACUCAAGAGAAGAAAAAGCCCACCAGUGGCAAGAAAACUGAGUUGGAGCAGAAAGACAUUAAUAAAAAAUCAGCCCAACCUCUUUCUACAACAAGUGAAGGUCCUCUGGCACAGACUCAGCAAGAUCACAGUAUCUUAAAGGAGAGACAAACUGCUCAGGAACAAUGUGUGUUGACUUCAAAGGAAGACUGCAGACCACGGCCAUUUGAUCAAGAAGGGAUUGACUUCAUAUAUGUAAAGCACAGAGUCCUGCAACCUGAAUCAGGUGCUUUUAAUCUGACAUCUCCAUGCCAUGAAUUCAAGUCUUUUGCUCAAGCUGCUACAUUGGAUCGCACAAGACUCCAGGCUAAGUUUGCCAAAGAGGUUCUUAAAUUUGGAACUGGCUGUAUGAAUAUCAGAUCAAAUGGCACAAUACACUUUGGUGUGAUGGACAGUAAGGAGGAUGCAGGAUACGUGCAUGGUGAGAUAAUUGGUGUCCCUGUAAGAGAGAGAGACAUUUAUGUAGAUGCUUUGGACUACAUCGAAAGGUGUAUCCCCUCUGACAAGGAGCAUGUACGCCAGUGUGUGCGGCCACCAAGGUUCAUUGAGGUUAUGGAUCGAGAAAGUACAGAAAAGAGGUUUGUGAUAGAGGUUGACAUUGUGCCUUCAAUGAGUAUUGUUAAGGGCAAGGUUUAUGUGGUUCGUCUGCCAAACUUCAAGGAGACGACUAACAAAAUAGAAUUUGAGAAAGAAAGUAUCCUGCGGAGGGUGGGUUCAAAAACUGAGCCAGUGACUGACAAAGAGCUGAGUGAUUUUUACCAGCGAGUCAAAGAUCGGGAUGCUCAAAGAGAAGAAGCUGAGAAAAGUCAGUUCCUCAAUGCUCCAAACUCCUGCCAAGACCUCGGAAGGAAACUCACAAUGCUACUGACGAGUGGGAAGAAAUUCAUUGAAAAGGAAAAAUGGUUCAUAGUAAUCACAAACAAACUCACACCUGAUGACCUUUGCAACAUUGACUGGCUGCUUAACAUGAAGAUAUUCUGCGUGUUUGACUUUGACCCAGACUCAAACAAAUCGGGUCUUUGCAAUAAGUACCGCCAGCAUCAUGUUGCAAACAUGCAUUCUCUGCAGAGCUAUAGGAUGUCUGGUGACACGACCAUCAAAGAAUUCACAAGCAACUUGCAUCUGUUUGAGCAAACCAGCUGGAUCUUUUGUAAUGGCCGUAGUGACUUCAAAGGAAAUGAAACUCCAUGUGAUGAAAUGACUUGGAUCAAGACAAAAAUGACUUUCCUUCGGGAAUCUGUGUCUUUGAUCAGUAAACAAAUCUUACCAAAGGGGACUCUCCAGGUAAUUUUUCUUCUCACAUCACCAGUUGAGAAACCACUCUUGCACACCUUUAAUGAGUUUUUCACAGACAUGGAAGGCCAUGAAGACAUCAUUUGCAUCUGCGAAUCAGAGAGAAACUUCCAGAAGUGGCAAAGCUUUGCAGAGGGGUCAUGUGGAACAGAAACUGUGAAAAAGUCCAGUAUUGUUGGGAUGAAAAUGAGUCACGUUAAUGCAACUCUGCAGCAAAUACAACUCGUCAAAUCAUGUACCAGCAAACACUUGCCAGUCUUUGUGAAAGGGACAUGUUGUCUUGAAACAAAAAAAGAGGAGCAGAUGUAUUCUCUGGAAAUUCUGACAGUUAAUCAUUGUGAUGAAACAAGUGAAGACUUCAUCAAUGAGGAGAAAGCAAACAUUGAAAGCCAGUUCUAUCAUGGUGGGAGAGUGAACUGGCUGAAUUUCUGGCUUGCUGAUCGUAAGUAUGUUGGAGAGAUAAUUAAAAGAGAUGCUUAUCAUGAAGCUUCCAAACUUCUCCAUGACGCGUCGAAAGGCAAUGCAGAUGAUGCUCCAGUGAGUAGUAUAAACAUCUACCAUCAUCCAGGAAGCGGUGGAAGCACUGUGGCAAGAAAAGUGCUGUGGGACCACAGGAAAGAUCUAAGAUGUGCAGUUGUGAAGAUUUCAUACCCGGCUGCUGUCGUUGCACAACAUGCUGUUGAACUAAGAGAAUAUGAAGAAGACCCACAGAGGUGUCUACCGGUGCUGCUCCUCAUUGAAGAUUCAGACAAAGAAUACCUAGAUGAUCUGAGGAAUGAACUAGAGGUUGCCGCUAUCACCAAACAAAUCAAGAAUGGAACUCUUUGUUUCAUUUUGUUGAGCUGCAGACGAUCCCAUGAUCCAGAGGGGAAAUGCAAGGAGUCUCCAUUACAGAAUGUGUCUGUCACUCACAAACUGUCUCCUCAAGAGAAGAGAGAGUUCUCUGGAAAACGAAAAGUGCUUGAGAAAUGCUAUGAGCCUGAAUUCAUCCUCACAUUUGUUUUAAUGAGUGAAGGAUUCAAAGAGGAUUACAUUCAACAGUUUGUGACACAUUUGCUCGAAGACAUUGACCCUGGAUCUCGUGUCACUCAGCUCAUUCUCUACGUAGCACUGCUGAACACUUACGUUCAAAACUCUUUCAUCUCACAGUCCCAUUGUGAAGCUUUCCUUGCCUUAAUCUUUCACUUGGAAAGGUUUCGCCAUCAUGAGUUUGAGAAAUCACUCAGCCCUCAGGCUAAACUAGUCUUCCUGCACCUCAGAGAUGAAAAGACGCACAUUGAAUCAAUCAGAAUCAUCCACCCACUCGUUGCAAAAGAAAUUCUCCAACAACUUUUGGGAAGCCAACAGACCCAGAGCAGUUUGGCAAUGAAAUUGCUCUGUGAGAAUGUGUUUUUCGAGCACAGAUUUGGAAGGGAGGAAUAUCUGUCAUUUCUGAGAGCCCUUUUCAUAACGCGAUCCAUAAUAAGCAAGGGAAACAAAUUUGUCAAAAGUUUUUUCUCUCCUCUGAUUGAGCAUGUGCGUGAAAACGAGAAGACGCCAGUCAAAGCAUUUGAGUUACUCAAAGAAGCAUUCCAGCGUUUCCAUCAAGAUCCAUUCAUUGCACAACAACUUGCUCGCCUUCAUUAUACUUAUGAAAAGUUUGAAGAGGCAAAACAAUGGGCAGAGACAGCAGCCAAACAGCUGCCCAACAACUCGUAUAUACUUGACACAAAAGGGCAGGUGUACAAAAAAUGGUUCCAAGCAAAAUGCAAGGCUAUUGAAAAUGACAAUGUACCAAUGACAGCUCAAAAUGUAGCAGAUGCUGUGGAGACUGCGCUGAAAGCUCUGGAGUGUUUUCAACAAUGUGAGAAAGCAGCUGAUGCAGAAAUGGAAAAUGUCAACAGUUCCGGAUUUUUUGCUGAAGUUGAGGUUGGAUGCAGCUUGCUCAAACUGAUCUCUUCAUCACACGUGUUUGCAAACAAAACCAGUGGCCAUUCAGAGUGCAUGAAGUACCUGUUAACAGAAUACAUACCGGAGGAGGUUAAAGGUCCCUGGGAACCAUUUCAUGACCGUUUGAAAAAACUUCACAAGACAAUGGAAGAUGCCUUGGAAUGGAUUUCAGAAGAUCUCAGUUACUUCCAGACAGACUUUGGUCUGGAUGAAGAAGGUACCCCUGAAAGUCCUGAAGAGAAGAUCAGUCAUCCACUGACCUGGCUGGCAAAAAAAUCUUCAGAGUAUGGGAAGUACUUCAGCGAAGGUUAUUCAACUGCAUUUUUAAACCAGGGGAAAUCAGUCAAUUUAACUUCUUUCCAAAAACGCAUGAUCAUCUACCACCUUGGCGGGGGGAACAUAACAUCCAUCCUCUCCAAGCUAAAUGACAAGAGGGAUACAGUAUCUCUUCUGAAGACCAUCCUGUCUUACUACCCCAGCAAUCCCAAAAAUGCCAAAUUUGGCCAAAAGGAUAUUGUCAAUUACAUAGUAACCCACAUUACUCUGAAUUGUCUGUCACCACAGCCUCGACAGGAAGCUCUAUUGAACGAUCUUCAGGCACUUUGUCGUCAGUUCCCAUGUGACAAAAGGAAAUGUUUACCAAGUGCCCUGUUCUUGCUUACCUUGCUAUUCUGGCCAGAGGAUCAUGACACAGACCUUGAGAAAGAAAGAAAAUAUGAAAUUGUGCAGUCUGCUGUUGAACACCUGGAAAAAAGCUACUGGACCAAGCGGAAGGACGUUCCUCAGCGGAAAAGAAGGAUUUACACCCUGUUUUUUCUGGGCAGUGGGAAUGGGUUGGAUAAGUUUGUCCACAAGACAAAGUUUGAAAGUGUCACAAAAGGGUUCUCAGUCUCUGAGAAACGCAUGAAGUGGUUUAGGGGUGAGGCCUGGAAAAAGCCAGAGAUUGCCGAGAUGCUGAAAUGUGUGUCUGGAUGGACUGAAGAUGGAGUGGUGUACCUUGAGGGCCCUCAGAAAAAGAGGUUCAGUUUGAAGCCUCUUCAUGUACUUUCGAUGCCUCACGGUAAUGAGAACAUCACAUUCUACCUGGGGUUUACCUUUAGAGGCCCUGUCGCCUGCAACAUUGUUGUGCAAAAAUAGUUGAUCCUCAAGCCACAUAUGGCUGUAUGUCAGCCUCCUGAAGCACUGGACUAGUAUCAUUACCAAGAGCAAGAACGGCUCAUUAAAAGAUCAGUUCACACAAGCCUUCUUGUAAAAGUUUGUCAAGUAGGUAAUAUUUGUAAAAGACGAAACAAAAAAUGUUGAAGCACGUGACAUGAGUAUUGUUUUGUUUUGUAAGAUGUGACAGAGUUUGAUAUUUACAUUUCCCCUCUUAUACUUGUGUAUCUAUGUAUGUAAGUGUACUAAAAAAUAAAACUGAAGUGCCAGAAAAAUUGCAAGAUAGUUUUUGCGCAUAAAUGAAUGUGGACUAUGAUUGACUCUGGAUACCCAGAGUAAUAACAAUGUAAACUAAAUUUGCUACUCUACCACUGAAGUGCUUCUCCAAAAGAAACUUAAGUCUCUGUUUAUACUCAUAUAUAGUAUCAUGUUAUUUUCAGAUUGUUUGUAGAUCCAGUUCAGAUGGACUGUCAUUCACAUUUAUGCACUUGAUAUUUUCUUCAAUUUUUUGCUAUUUUCUAUGUUACAAUGUAGAUAGUUUAGUCCAACUAUGUAUUAAAGAAAAAGUAUUUUCAUGGAUAUUAUAUUUGUGUUUUAAAAAAUAAAUGAAUUAAGAGUUAACAGCAACAUUAAAUGCAGUUGAAGAAGAACGUGUAUACAUAUUGAUAUGCAACAAAACAACGUGUGUAGUAAAGUAGAGAAUGUAAUGGUUGUAUAUUAAAUAUACUUUCUACAAACUAUGAAAACCUACUUAUCCUUAUGAUGAAACAACAAAUGAAGCCAGUCAGGCUACAGAGCCUACAUGUACUUUUAUUGCUGUACUUUAAUUUUUUUUAUUCUUAUUAUUGUUUUCUAAACUUAUAUUGAAAGGGGACUUGUUUUUGAUAGUAACAUAAAGAAAUAUUUGACCGUGUAAACAUUACUGUUCCUUAAUAAAUGUAAAACAUGUCACCAAAUGCAAUAAACUGU